UAUAUUCUCUUAUUGGAAAUGUACUGCAAAUUGGCGUUUGCUGCAGUUACAUAUAUGUAGUGUAUACAUUUUUCUGUUUACUAAUGUCCAGAAGCGUCCAUAAACAUGUAUGUCAACGAAGUUGUUCUCGCCUUUUUUAAGAAGACCAAGAAGAAAACUGUAAUCGACGUGCAGGAUUUUUAAAAAGUUACAAGUUUGGAGUUUGUCAUUGCCAAUGGCGUUAUUGAGUGACACAGAUUCUUUACGAACAAUCCAAAACAAUCAAUUAUUGCCAAAUAUGGAUAAUACGACAAAUCCCAAUGAUCAGGAAUGGACCGACACGAUCGCACUGAUCGCCAAAUCAUCAAUCAUGGUGUUCAUUAUAAUUGCAGCUAUUUUCGGUAAUUUACUGGUGAUUGUUUCGGUGAUGAGACAUCGAAAGUUAAGGAUAAUCACAAAUUAUUUUGUGGUGUCUCUUGCCCUGGCCGAUAUCAUGGUCGCCAUGAUGGCGAUGACCUUCAACUUCAGUGUCCAGUUGACGGGACGAUGGCUAUUCGGUUAUUUUAUGUGUGAUGUUUGGAACUCUUUGGAUGUCUACUUCUCGACUGCUUCAAUUCUGCAUUUGUGCUGUAUAUCUGUGGAUAGAUACUACGCUAUUGUCAAGCCUUUGAAAUAUCCCAUAAGCAUGACCAAAAAAGUUGUGGCGGUAAUGAUUUUGAACACCUGGAUAGCACCAGCUCUCUUGUCCUUUGUGCCAAUUUUUCUAGGAUGGUACACGACCGAGGAGAACCAGAAAUACCGCGCCGAACAUCCAAAUGAAUGCGUAUUUGUAGUUAACAAAUGGUACGCAGUAAUAUCGAGUUCUAUUUCUUUCUGGAUACCUUGCACCAUAAUGGUGUUCACAUAUUUGCAAAUUUUCCGCGAAGCUGAUAAACAAGAAAAAGCGUUGCAUACUAGGCAAGGUAAAGCCAUGUUGAUGCAUCGGCCAAGCAGGGAUUGUGGUCAUAACGGCGAUGUCCUGUCGGCAUCGGGAGGCUCAUCAAAGACUUUGACGUUGCACGAGAUUCCCGAUGAGCCUUUAAAUACGCCAACCAAGGACAAGAACAUAAUCAAGAUGAAACGCGAGCAUAAAGCUGCACGUACCUUAAGCAUAAUCAUGGGUACUUUCGUAUUGUGUUGGCUUCCAUUCUUCUCCUGGUACCUUAGCACGUCCUUGUGUGGAGAACACUGCGAUUGCCCGGAUGUGGUAGUCGCUAUAGUAUUCUGGAUCGGUUACUUCAACUCCACUUUGAAUCCUUUGAUCUACGCUUACUUCAACCGCGAGUUUCGAGAAGCCUUUAGGAACACCUUGCAGUGCGCGUUUUGCAGCUUGUGUAAGAACCAGCCCGUGGACCUGGAUGAUUUGGACACUAGGAGAUCUUCUCUGCGACCAUAUGAGGACAGAAAAAAAAGUGUCUAUUCGGAGACUUAUCUGAAGCACGUCGAUCGCCGGAGGAGUUCGGAGUUCGGUUCGUCGUUAUGAGUGGAACUGGUGUCGCCUUAUCCGGAUAAGGUGACCACCAGCUUUUAGUGUCGGCGGGAGACGCUGGUGUAAGAGAACUUGCGAAUAGACUACAAGUUUAGCCAAUCCAAUUGACAGUUUGUGAUUUGAUAAGGACUUCCUUGUGUUCUGUUGACUAAAGUUCUAAUUUGUACAUAUAGUUUUAAUACAUCUAUUUGUUGAUACGAAUAAACUAAUUUUUACGAGUGUCCUGUGUCCCGUUUUUUCCAUGGCGUUGCGACAAUUUUAGGCUUUAGUUAAAUGAGUGAUAUUAUCAAAGUUUUAAAAAAAUGUGUAAAUAUUUUGUUUUUUGUACAUAAAUA